AUACGUAAUUCGGAUGCAAAUGUGUACUCCGUAAACUUACCCAUACUGUGAUUUAAAUUCGCGCGUUCUUUCGUAAAACGUAAUGCUAAGAAUCACGAUCUUAACAUCAUGAACGGGAAGAAGUCAAUAGAAAGCGCCUACGUGAUUUUAGAUUGAUUUAUUACACAGCGCCACCUUUGAUUGGAAUAGCAUAAUUACUCUUAUUUCUGUGGCACAUCCCCGUAUAUAAUCGAUUUGUCACCCUGUACAUCACCGGCCACAUUUAUCAUAACCUGAAAUCUCUUGAUAAACAAUUAAUAGUAAAUACCAAUCGAUUGUGAAAUGGUACAUAGCAGUGAAGUAUUUUAGAAGGCGAUCUAAUAAUUUUGGUAGAAACCCUAACGAAUAAGUUCGUGGUUUGUGAUUAUUGCAGUAUACAGGCUAGUUAUCCUUAUCUAGCUUCUGUUUGUGAAAAAAUGGAAGGGAGUUUAACUGCAGUUUCAAAAUAUGGUUUUAAAUUAAGUCUAGAUAGUAGUUAUCCCGAAAAUUGGCCCCAAGCACACACACCAAGAUGGAAACAAAUCUGGGAUAUUCUACCAAUGAUUAUAAGGUACCUACUUGUUUACAUAAAAACAAUAAUUUGUCGUCACAUUAUAGUCAUGGAUUACAUCAAACUUGUUAGAAGCAAACAAAUAUAUGGUGUUCCACUAGGUGGUAUUGGAGUAGGAACUAUAGGUAGAGGGUUUCGUGGUGAAUUUUGCAGAUAUCAGUUGAAGCCUGGAAAUUGUGACUACAGUACUCUGCAAGCAAAUGAAUUUAUCAUUACCAUCAAAGAUGCUGCUAACAUGACGAUUUUUCAAAGUACUUUAUCUACAUACAAGCAUCACUACAGAAGUACCUAUUUAAAAUAUGACUCGUUCGGGUCAAACUAAAAACGGUUACGUUGCGCUAAUAAGCCCCCCAGGUAUGAUCAUGAAA